ACUUGAUCGGGCUUCACCGAACAAUGGAGCACUAACUACCAAUAAUACGUUUACCUGAAAAAAUACAAAAGUAAUUAGUGCCUUUAAUCAUUAACAACAAAGCACUUUAUCUAAUUGGAAUUCUACUUUAUCAUUAUGAACGGGUAAUUGAUACUAUAAUAUCGGUAAGACAAAUAAUAAGGCACCCAUUCUGCCUAUCAAUGUAUCAGACAUAAUGUGAAAUCAAACAUUGCAACAGUGACAGACGGUCGUGUUCGUUUCGCUGUUUAUAAACAAUGGACGUGAUAUAACUUUAAAUAAACGGUGCAUUGGAAUUACUUCGAAAAUGGCGGAGGAAAAAGUUAAACCUGUGGACGUCGAAGAAAAACCCCUAAAUAAAGAUGUUAUCCAGAAACUAUAUAAAGACAAAAGUUUUCGAGAGAAGUUGGGCUACAUCAGAGAUAAUAUCACUGUUGAACCUUUGUUAGCGGGCCUGAUUAUACCCAGUGUUAUAUCAAGAUUUGCUAUGGGCAAUCUUAAUUUGGACAAAGCUUGUCGUGUUAACUUAGGUUUUGGAGACGAGAUUUGCGACGCACUUAUUAAGAAAACGAGCAAAAACUACUCGGAAUACGAAAAAGAGGUUCAACAAUUGAUUUCUUCUAUAGACAUUUGGAAGGGAGUGAUCCAAACGGCUUUGCCAUGCAUCAUAAUAAUGUUCCUGGGCGCUUGGAGCGACAGGACUGGAAAAAGGAAGAUAAUUAUAAUGCUGCCGAUUUACGGAGAAGUUUUAACGUCUUUAAACAAUUUGGUCAACGUGUAUUUCUUCUAUGAGAUUCCUGUGCAAGUUACUGUGUUCUUAGAGACGUUGUUUCCAGCUAUAACUGGUAGCUGGGUGACUAUGUUCUUGGGUGUAUUCAGUUAUAUAAGUGACAUUACUUCGGAGGAAUCCAGGACAUUUAGAGUGGGUCUGGUGAACUUCUGCAUGACUGCUGGUCUGCCUAUCGGGAUCGGCAUGAGUGGGUUCCUGCUACAGAAGAUGGGCUACUAUGGAAUAUUCUCGAUGACAACUGUGAUGUUCAUCUUGGUACUUAUGUAUGGUACCUUCUGCUUGAAGGAGCCUGAUCAGUGGCUUCAGGAUAAAGGAUUGCCGCCGAUUGAAAGAGCUGGCAACUCAAAUGUAUCAUUCUUCGACCUCUCGCAUGUGGUGGAAACUGUGUCGGUGGCGUUCAGGCCGCGACCUUUUGACAGGAAGGUCAAGGUCAUCCUCACUCUGCUCAUGGUGUUCUUACUGUUUGGACCUACUUCAUCGGAACACACAGUUUUCUACUUGUUCGUGAGGAACCGGCUGAACUGGGACAUGGUGAAGUUCAGCGUCUACCUCAGCUACUCCAUCGUGCUACAUUCAUUCGGUGCAAUGUUCUCAAUAACAGUGCUGAGCAAGCGCAUGCAGAUUGACGAUUCCGUGCUGUGCCUUGUGUCUGUCGUCAGCAAGUUCGUUGGCUCCAUAUGGACUGCUUUCGUCACUACUGACAUCGAAAUGUACCUUGUGCCCGUUGCUGAGCUGCUGAAUGCUACCACGUUUACGUCACUGCGAUCCAUCAUUUCGAAGCUGGUGGAGAAGCAGGAAACAGCUAAAGUCAACUCGAUGUUCUCCCUGACUGAGACUGUGGCAGCUCUGGUGUUCCACCCCUUCUACUCUUGGAUGUAUAUGAAGACAUUACACGUGUUGCCUGGAGCUGUGUUCCUGACCAGUGCCGCUAUUGCUAUACCACCGUCUAUUAUAUUGAUGUUCUUCUACGCCCAGCACAGAGCAAGCGUAAAGAGUACAAGAAAGAAGGCGCUAGAAGCAGAAGAGAAGAAAGACGCGAAGGAGGCCGAAGCUAAGAAGAAUGAUCCUCUACAGUUCAUACCAUCGCCAGCUGAAAUAGAAAGAAUUGAAAUGAAUAAAAAAAGUUAGCAUUUAGGUGAAAUAACUGGAUUGCAAUGACUAGAGAUCCGUUGAUUUGCUUGCAAGAGAAGGUUAUGACGUGCCUUGUAUGGGACUGAUGUCGAAAUUCUAUCCUGAUUAAGCAAAUCUAUAGAUAGCUAGCAUAUUGAAAUCAAUCGACGGUUAGGUUCUUUGAAACUGGAUGAAAUGGUUUUCCAAAUGGAUUUGAAAGUACUGCUGUAAAAUUUUGUUUUUAAUUUUGGUUGUACAAAAUUUGUAAUUAGUUAAGGUAAGAAUAAAAUCGAAUUAAUACGCACACCGUUAUUUAAGUUUUUUUAGGCAUAUUUUCAUAAUGUAUAUUUUAUAAGAUUUUUAGUAUAUAAUAUAUAUUUUUAUAGUAUGAAUGCAUUGAUUCGACAAAAAAUAUAAAUCUUCUUGUAAAUAAUAUUAAAGAACUUGCUAUUUUGUCAAAUAAUACACUUUAACAUUUUUUAUUCAUAGGUUUUUUUUUUAGUUUUAUACAUAACUGUAACUGAAAACGCAUAUUUUGACGAAUUCUACGAAAAAUGUUAACACAUUUUUGAGUGUUUUUUUUUAAAUAUAUUUGUAAAUAUAACAGUAAUAAAUUGACGUAAAUAACAUGCAUAUAACAGGAUAUUUCGUAGAAAUGGACUGUAACUACAGAUCGUAAUAAUUUAUUAAGGCUAAUUGCUAUUCCCAAAGGCUAUGAUUAGCUUCAUAUUUUCCGGUCUAAUUUGGUAUCUUUGUAAUAUGAGCUUUAUUGCAGCUGUUACAAGAUUUAAUUUAGCUUGUCUCUAAUUUUGUGCUUAGUUUACUUGCACGAGUACGAGCUUCAUUUUUUUUCUGUUAUAGUGUCAAAAGGGCUUGAUGUAUGUAAGUUAUUCACAUUAAGCAAGAAUUAUUAAAACUUUAGUUUGAGUUUUUUUCUGUACAUUAAAAACUACGAUUGAGUGCUACGUUUAAACCAAGCACACUACUUAACCGGUACUUUUUAAGUAUAAAUUAAAAUUUUUGACUAAGCUUUUGGGACCAAAUUGAUUCAUAUACGUGACUUCUAGUAUAUAAUGUACUGUACGUUCUUAUACUAUUGCUAGAAAUGGUUAUAAUGUCAUACUUAUACAUGUGUAUAUUUCGUAAAAUCGUGAGAUUUGUAAAAUCUAUGAAAUGAGAUAUGUUUUGAAAGCCUGUAUAUGUAGUUUGUAGUUAAUUUUAACAAUUAUUUAGUAAGUAGUGUGUGAAUGUUCGAGCCAAAACGUCUUGCAUAGAAAAAGUGCUGUGAUAAAUGUACAGAAUGAAUGUAGUAUAAUAAAUUAACAAUAAAAUUGUAACUUUUA